AAAUAAGUAAAAAUAAACCAAAUGAAAAUCGAAAGUUUAAAGCAACCUAUUGGACUCGUUGAACGUGAAGAUCCUCUGGCUGAAACUAAGGAGCACCGUAGAUGGAGAUCUGAAGUACUCAAGGAGCAUAAGGAAACUUCUAGAGUUGUAGAUGAUGCUAUUAUUGGCCUCAAAAAGACCUCUGAGAGUACAAAAGAUCUGCUCACCAGCACAAAGAGUGUCUCUGAAAUUUGGAGCUCAUUUGAAGACAAGCUUAAGGUCGCUUGUAAAAAUCUAGGUGACAGAAUUGAAGCUGACUUGGCUGAAAAGGAAGCUAUGAGGAAGAGAAUUGAGGAAUAUCUUAAGAAAAACUCUCACCAUAAGGUAGAGACAACCUCUUCGCUAUCUAAGAAGCAAGAGAAGUAUGUUCCCAAGGAAAGGAAGUUGAUGAAAUUCUAA